UCUAACUCGUCGACAUACACAUUUUUAGGUUGGAAUGAACAAAUAUUUUUCUGAAAAAAACAGAGUUUGGCAUCAAUCUUCUAGGCUGUUCUACGACGAGUAUUUUGAUAUUCAGGGACCUACUUAAUAUUACUAUCUCAAAAAGAAGUUCAAAAUAUAUCGUCAACGGUUACAAAAGAUGGCUUUGUCUAAAGUAGCUGCUGUGCCAUCACUAACAGAAGAAGAGACCAACUUCCUCAGAUUCGCUAAUCUUCUUAUUCGUAUUUCACCAAAAGCUGUUCGGGUUGUAUUUGAUAAGUAUUUCCAACCUUGCGGAUUGAAUGUUGUGCUGAAUCAGUCAAAAGGAAAACUGGAAGUUCUGAAUCAGAGAAAAAUUCUGAACAAGUCGCAGAUGGAUUUACUUUAUCCUUCGCAAGGAACAGCGACAGUGAAGUCAUCGGACAUGGAUCUGACUUUAAUGAUUUGUUUACUGCGCAAUUUACAAAAGAUGAAAAUAGAGGAUAUACUUCCAGCAGCAGCUGUGAUCAGCGAAGAAGCAGAUUUAUCUCGGAUAAAAUAUUAUCGGAACUGGAUGGCUCAUAACACAGCUGGUUACAUUGAUAAAGAAGAUUUUCUGGCGAUGUGGACACAUGUUUGCGAGGCUAUUCAACGAAUUGGCGGUGCAUCUUUUAAGACGGAAUGUGAUAUUUUGAUGUCAUCCGAUCUUGAUAGUUCAUACAGAGAAGUGUAUGUUUCCUUUGCACAACAAGAAAGAAGAUUGGAAAAAGUGGAAGAAGAGUAUAAUAAGGUUGACGAAGAAUUACAGUCUGCCAUGGAAAAAAUAUGUCAGUUAGAAGAAAGUAAAGAUAACACAAAAGAUAACCUUUUAUUAGAAGUUGCUGCCUGGGAACAAGAUAAUAAAAAAUUCUUUCCGACAUCUACUGUAAAAACUAUUUUGGAAAAAGUAGAGCAUACAUCAUUCGUUGUAAUUAGUGGAAGUGGAGGAAUGGGGAAAAGCGCAACAGCCUAUCACAUAGCGUUAUUGUUUCGUAAUAUGAAGGGAUAUGAAAUUUUACCAAUAAAUGAGCCAUCAGAUAUUUUGAAAUUUUGUAAAACUGGACGAAAACAGAUAGUAAUCAUUGAUGAUUUAUGCGGCAAAUUUGCCAUUGACAAUCGCAUAGUCAGCUCUUGGAUACGGUUAAAAACUUCUAUUACACGACUUAUCAGGCUAGCCAAAGAUUCACUACGUAUUGUUGCAACAUGCCGACUGCAUGUAAGCAAAUGUUAUCAAUUUCAAAAACUUAUGCAGGCAUUUGAAAUAACGGAAUGUGAUCUGCUCUCAGAUGAACUGGUAUUAGAUGUGGACGAGAAACGUGAAAUUGGAUUGUGUCAUUUAAAUGAGGAAUGUCUAAAUUCAUUAGGAGAAGAAGUAAUAGCUCAAACAGACAUGUUUCCUCUUCUAUGUAAGCUAUCAGCGAAAAAGACGUUCAAUCCGGACUUCUUCAAAAAACCGUAUGAUUUUUUGGAAACAGAAUUAGAUGGAAUGGCUUUGGAAAAUAAAGAGUGCUUUUUUGGCCUUGCUUUACUUGUACUGUUUAACAACAAUUUAAAAAAGAGCUUAUUUGAAGAUAGAUGCAACAUAAUGUUUAACGAAAUGUUUGAUGGAGUGUUUGAGGAAUUAGAAAUGUCAGACAGGCCGUCAAGACUAUUCGUUCUACGAAGUCUAGAAACACUAAAGGGGACAUUCAUUAAGGAAAAUGAAUCUUCAGUUUCAGCGAUACAUGAUAAGGUGUUCGAUUUUAUUGCGUUUUUCAUUGGGAAAAUGUUAUUGAAAACAAUACUGAAGUAUGGAAAUAGCUAUUUUAUUUCUGAACGAAUGAGUUUUGAAUUUUUGGAUGAAUUAACAGAAGACGAUUUUGUUAUUAUGCUUGAUAAAGAUCACGAAGAGCUGUACUUUCAAAGAAUUAUACAAGAAAUAGGAAAUCGAAAUUUUAGUAUAGUCUUCUCCAAUAAAAUAGCAAAGACAACAUAUUACCAAGGCAAACUAAUAGCGUUGUUGUCUAAACAAGAUGCUACACUCUCCAUGUUCACAGGCAAUAUUUGGGCAUUGGUAUCUAGUGUAUUUGCCGACUGUGACAUGCUAUAUACCUUUAUUAUAGAGGAACGAUUAAAAAAAAUAAAUUGUGAACAAACUUCAGAUACAAAGUCAAAAGCAGAAGGUACUUUAUCGAAUGUAUUAUUUGACACAGAAAUAAAAUAUGAAGACGAUGACAUUGGCCUCGGGUUUUUAUCAAGUUCAAACGGCCCCCUUAUGAUAGCAAUCGCUGAAUCACGGGAAGAUAUCAUUCGUGUAUUACUUGAAUCCGGAAACGCAAUCAAUAUUAAUGAAACUUUCUUGAUAUAUGACAGUGAAAUCACGCCACUUCUAUUAUCAUAUUUUUCCAAACAGUUAGAUAUUACAAAAAUGUUAAUCGAGUAUAAGGCUGAUGUUAAUGUACAGUAUUUUGGUGGUAAGACAUUGUUGCAUUUUUUUUGUGAGGACGGAUCUAUCGAUUAUCUGGAAUUAAUCCUCGGUAGUAAAGAAUGGGAUGUGAAUAGGAUGAAUGAUCUAGAAGAAACACCACUGUUUCUGGCUUGUCGACGUGGUAAAACGAAAUGUGUAGAACUACUUGUUGCAAGUCAAUGCGAUAUAAAUAGCAGUAAUGUGGAAGGCAAAAGUCCAUUGCAUAUAGCUUGUUCGGAGGGUAAUGCUGAUAUUAUUAGAAUUCUUUUGAAUACAGAUUACUGUAAAAUCGAUCACUGUGAUAACGAUUAUAACACCGCACUUAUGAUAAGUUGUGAGCGAUGUAAUAUGGAAAUUGUACAACUUUUGAUAUUGCACGGCUGUAAUUUAAACACCGCAAAUGUCCAUGGUAGGACAGCGUUACAUAUUGCAUCUACAAUAGGAUAUACCGUUAUAGUACAAUUAUUAAUUUCGAACGAAUGUGAAAUCAACUUAUGCGACAAUGAUAAUCAGACACCUUUAAAUUUGGCCACUGAAAACUAUCAAAAAACUUGCAUUGGAUUGCUUAUUUCUAACGGCUGCGAUGUAAAUAUUUGUAAUCUUGAUGGACAAACCUCACUUCAUAUAGCAUGCAAAAGAGGACAUGCCGACAUUGUUGAUUUAAUUUUGAACACAAAUCGUUGCGAUAUUGAUAAAUUGGACGAUAACCAAGAUUCUUCUUUGGCGAUAGCAUGCACACAUGGGAGAAAAGACAUUGUAGAUUGUUUGAUACUGAAAAAAUGCAAUAUAAAUACUGUUAAUAGUUUCGGACUUUCUCCUCUACAUAUAGCUAUACGUAGUGACUACAUGGAGAUAGUACAAACUUUAAUUCAAAACGGGUGUGAUAUAAACUUGUGUGAUGCCAAUAAGCAAACACCUCUUUUCUGUGCAUGUGAGAUGGGUAUUUGUUCAGCAGUUCAAUUGUUGCUUCAAAAAGGCUGCGAUUCCAACAUCUGUAAUUCGGAUGGUUUGACACCACUUGAAAUAGCAAACGACAAUGGUUUCUUAUACAUUGUUUCAUAUUUUAGUAAGAAUAAGAAGUCUAACGAGUUUCAAAUAAUAUAUUCAAGAAUCUAAAACAUGAAUAAUGACAAGAUGAAUAGGAGAGGAUGUCACGAUAUUCUUAAUGCAUUUAUGCAUCUUUAAAAAAAAGAUUGUGCGCAAUUUUCCAGGAAAACUUGCUACUAAGACUAAAGGAAAUAUACUUUAGCUCGUAAAUGCAUAUCUAUUCUAUAAAUAUGCAUAAUCUUUCAUCAAGUAGUCGAUAAUAGUUCGCCAUUGAUCUAAUGAUGCUAAACGAUGGUAACACUUGGGUGUUGUCGCUGAUCUGUAUUCUGAUUGGACGAAAAUGCAAUGUUUGAUGUUCUAACAUACGUUUUUUUUUAACAUUUUGUUAUGUACAGCAGGUGAUAGUUUUAAACAUAGAUAUCUGAGAUAAAAACUACUUUAUAACAAUAGUACAAUUCAAGUAUUCUUAAUAAAUAGCUUUUUACUACAAUAGCAAUUAUUUACUAGUGGAAAAUUCGAAACAAUACUAGAACGCGUUCAUCUAUGCUGUAUUUUUGCGGGGUUUAAAGAAUGUAAACAUCCACAAAGAUAUGCACACUCUACAUAAAAGUAGACUGAUUUACGGACAGAAAGUAUCACAUCUAUGAGAUGAAAACAUUCAGAUAAACAUAAAUUAAGAUAUUGAAAUGGUAAUUAUCCAAUGCGAAUGUGUUUUCAUUUCAUUGCCAUCGCGCGCUUUAAUUAGGUCUUUCCACCUUUCCGUGGAAAGACCUAUUGGUUUUCUUCUGAUUAUUUUUUUUUUCUUCCGCCUAAUUUUUUUCUUGCGGUGUAUUUUUGUUUCAAAAGAUGUCGCUUAGUUUUUUGGUAUAUGAUAUAAUACAGUCUAUACGCUUUUGAAACUGACCCUGUUUAACCGAACACUUUUCUUUGUAAGAGUUAUCUCCCCAAACACUGUUUUUCUUGUUAUGAGAUCUCCUCCGCAACCGUAAAAGAAAGCGACAAAUUUAUUUUUCCAAAUUGCUCGUUAUAUCCUCAGGAUGUUAGGUUUUAUUUUGACCGAAGCCGUAUAGAGAUUCCAUAUGAGAGUUAUUUCCCCUUUUGUAUUUGAUAUAAGUGAAAUGUAUUUUUAACUGGAAAACCAUGAGUGAUAGAGGCCUAGGGUCUUUUGAUAUGAGGUCCUUGGUCCAAAAAAAUGAAAAUAAGGUCAAGUUCAAAGGUUAAGGUCAUGUUCAAAAUUUUGAUUUUGGCUUGUUAUCUCUUAUUUUUAAAAAUCAUAUAAGAUAUCGACAAAAUAUUUUCACACAAUUGUUAGUUGCGACAUGUCGUAACACGUAAAUUUUAGUUGAAAGGGUACGUAGACAUUUGAUGCGAGUUUUCCCCCUUUUAUAUCUAAUAUGAGUCGUAUGGUAAUAGAACUCAUUAACAAUAUAAAGUAGAGGCCUAGAGUCUUUUGAUUUGUGGUCCUUGGUUUAUGACCUUGAAAUUGAGCUCAAGGUCAUAGGUAAAUUUAACGUUUUAGAUUUUGACCUUUGCUUUUACCUCAUAUGUAUACAUGAUAAAGCCAAGGGACUUUUUGCAUUAGGUUGCAAGCAAUGUGACAUUGAAAAAGUCAACCGGAAGUGACCUUUUGUAAACCGGAAGUAGCUAUUUUUUGUACUAAGUUAAUAUAAAAGUAUA